UCUUGUUUCCCGGCUGGUAAAGUGCAAAGGCUGAAGCGACCCCUUUUGCACCUGCAGCUGGGCAGUUCCUGUAGCUGCCGCUCUUGCUGGGCUCCAGAGGGUCAGUGGGAUCAUUUUUCUGCCAUGGAUUAGCAAUUUUUCUCUCUCUCUCUCUCUCUCUCAGCUGCCAGGGUAACAGAUACAGCAGCAUGACUUCAGUCAGCCCACUCCUGGGGCUAUUUUUAGGUCUGCCUGGGCUGAUGAACAGGAGAUGAAAUGACAAUCUCUCUCUCAGUCCUCAGCUGCCUUUCACCGCCCGUGCACCAGGAUUACAAACUGAAGGUUGGCUGCCCGUUGCCAAGAGGGAAGCGCUGGAGUCCAGAUCAUGUAGAAGAGCAGAUUUCGUAUGAAGAUGGGAUUGUUGGUGUUUAUGCGUAACCUGCUGCUAGCCCUUUGUCUCUUUCUGGUACUUGGAUUUCUUUAUUACUCUGCAUGGAAGCUGCACCUUCUCAGAUGGGAGGACACAAAUUCAAUGGUUCUUUCCUUUGACUCCGUUGGACGUACAGUAGGCUCAGAAUAUGACAAACUGGGCUUUCUUCUGAAGCUGGACUCAAAACUGCCUCCAGAGCUAGCAUCAAAGUAUGCAAAUUUCUCUGAGGGAGUUUGCAGACCUGGGUAUGCAUCAGCGCUCAUGACUUCCAUCUUCCCAAAGUUCUCCAAGCCAGCACCAAUGUUCUUGGAUGAUUCCUUCAAAAAGUGGGCACGGAUCAGGGACUUUGUACCUCCCUUUGGAAUUAAAGGACAAGAUAAUCUUAUCAAAGCCAUCUUGUCAGCAACCAAAGAGUAUCGCCUCACUCCAGCCCUUGACAGUCUCAGCUGCCGGCGAUGUAUCAUUGUGGGAAACGGUGGAGUUCUUGCAAAUAAGUCAUUGGGGUUGAAAAUUGAUGACUAUGAUGUUGUCGUCAGGCUGAACUCUGCUCCAGUGAAGGGUUUUGAGAAGGAUGUGGGUGGCAAGACAACGCUGAGGAUCACAUACCCUGAAGGGGCCAUCCAGAAACUGGAGCAGUAUGAGAAGGACUCCUUCUUUGUUCUGGCUGGAUUCAAGUGGCAGGAUUUCAAGUGGCUCAAAUACAUUGUUUACAAGGAGAAAGUGAGUGCAUCUGAUGGAUUUUGGAAGUCAGUGGCAACCCGUGUCCCAAGAGAAGCUCAUGAGAUCCGCAUCCUGAAUCCGUACUUCAUCCAGGAGGCCGCUUUCAGCUUCAUUGGCCUGCCUUUCAACAGCGGCCGGAUGGGCAGAGGGAACAUCCCCACCCUGGGAAGCGUCGCAGUCACCAUGGCACUGCACAACUGCGAUGAGGUAGCAGUAGCCGGAUUUGGCUACGACAUGAAUUCACCAAAUGCGCCACUACAUUACUACGAGAGCAUCAAGAUGUCUGCCAUAAAGGAGUCCUGGACGCACAACAUCCAGCGAGAGAAGGAGUUCCUGCGGAAGCUGGUGAAAGCCCGAGUCAUCAGCGACCUCACCAGUGGAAUCUGAGUUGUCCCAGAUCCCGCGUCAGAGGGAGGCAAGAGACGCACACUACAGCGAAGGGAGCAGGCAGCGGGAGAGCCACACAGGAAUCCCAGCUCAAAGGAAACACAAGAAAUGCACAGGUGCUCUGGGAGAGACUUCCCGGAUCUCCAGUCUGCACCAGUGCUGCACCUGCUGCAUCCCUCCUGGGGCUGGGUGUGGGGCUGAGGGCCGUUUCUUGACCUCAGCUCUGCAGAUAGAACUUUUGUGUCUAGAAUGAGCUGGAAAAGACUGAGGAGAGAAAGGAAGACAGGUCAGUAACACAAAGCAGAGAGUGCCAAACGGGAGGGCAGCACCACCUGAAUGUACAAAGUAAUAUUUUUUAAAAGACACUUUGUGGAAUCAUGCUAAUAAUAUCACGGUACAAAGCGAAGACUGGCUUGUGCCCACCUCCAGCAGAAGCCUGGCCUCCCCACACGCAGUCUGCAGCUCCUGGGCCUGGGAAAACAACUCCAUCCGUGACUUGACUCUUGUCGGUGCUGCUAUCAUUGAAAGGGACAAUGGCCUUCCGCUGUUCUCCACCCAGGGCUGCUCGUGGGAGCUGAGCAUGGGUUUGUUUUUCUGCACUUUCCUUGCUUCCUGCAUAGAAGCUGCAGCUGCCAUUUAUCCAGCUGCAUUUUCCACAGCUGUUUGCUCCACCCUGGCUCUGCCUUGAGCCAGGAGCCAACUGCCUCCUCGGCCUUGUGUCCUGGAGGAGUGGCAGACAGGACCCUGCCUUGAGCUGAGGGGCAUCCGGCCCUCGGUCUGAGCCAGCCAACGGCGCGCUGCGGGCAGGUGGAUCUGUGUUCAGUGGUACCAGGGUUUCUCAACAGUGUCAUACUUUAUUUUUAUGUGGGGAGAGGGAUAAUUUAUUUUCUGAGUGAGGUCAGAGGCCAUGUUGCGAUCCAAAGCUUCACAGUGUUCAGCAGCAGACAGCUACAGCCAUGUUAAUUUAUGUUCCACCCCGGUCUUGUUCCCUGCUAAUGAUUCACGGACGAUGGAACCCCCGGCGAGGGGCAGGGGAGUGACCUGACUGGAAACCUGCACUUCUUGUCCCCUUCCCGGGCAUUUCGCUUUCUUUAUUUCCUGGCUGCUCCUAUGUGGCUGCUGUUGUCAGCUGGGUACCAGUGUGUCCGUUACUUUGCCAGCGUGGCUUUGGCAUGCGGUAUUUGCACAUCUGGGUUCUGUUCCUUCUGCAGAGAAGUUGGCAAUGGACUGAGCAAAGCGACCAGGCUGGGCAGGGAAAGAGCUGGCCUGCGUUACUCAGUGUCUGCGGAAGAGGGGGGCACCUGGGAGGGGACGGAUGCCGAGCGAUGGAACUAACCUUUCCCUCCUGUACUGUAAUGUGAAUACAGCAGGCUGGGCUGUGGGACAGUAUGUGUUCUGGGUCUGAGCCCCAGUGCAGAAAUGGACUGGCUACUGGUCUGGGAUAACCUGGCCCCACUCUUCUCCUCCUGCUGCUGGCCGCACUUCUUGUGCUGCUUGAUUUGGGUGCUGGGGAGGAGGCCGUGCAGGGGUCCCAAAGCCGAGGCAGAGACGGUGCAUGGGUCACUGCACUUUUCCUGGGGUGUCCCUGUAAUUCGUUUCCAGAGGGGUCAGGGUCUUGCUCUGGAUUGCAGAGCGAGAACUUGGUCCCAGGAUGUGUAACUAACCCCAGGGCAAGGGGCACUUGGAACAGAGCCUCACAAAGCCUACAGCUCGACUCCGGCUCCUCCAACCUUUCCUGGGGCAGGGCUCAUAAACGUGGCGAGGGAGAGAGACCCAGGCAGGUUUACCAGCGCAAGACACACUGCCUGGGUCAGAACAGAGAAUCAGAAAUGGGCGAGCUGAGCUCCAGAAAGGCUUGUGUUAGAGCUGUGUGAGUGGGCUGGUGCAGUAGGCAAUGUCGCCUGCGGGGGUCGAGGGACGGCCUGACACAGGCCUGGUGAGACAUGGCUUUGGGUGCAGGCAUGGGCUGCCUCAGCAGCGCUGCACUUCUGUGCUCCCGAGCGUGAGCUGCCUGCUCAGAUCGCUGCAGGGAGAACGAGCUAUCUCCUUGCAGCUCCCACGCUUGGACAUCACCUUGGCUUUGUGUCUGGGGCCGCUCUGGGGCGUGUCUUCUCUGAACAGCUUGCCGAGACCUGGCCCUGUUCCAGUCCCUCGGAGACAAGGCAGCUGGGGGCCCUUUCCUGCUCCUCUCUGGAGGGUGGGUCUGCCUGUCUACACCUCCCUGCUUUCUCUUUUGCCUCUGGCUCUCUGUCCCUGCUGUGUCAGUCCAUCCCUCCCCGUGCUGCUCAGAGGAGUUUGCAGGACACUGGGCUUGUGCUGUGGUGGGAACUUGUUUGAAUAUUCUCCUGAGUUGUUUUUCCUGUUCCAUUCAGCCCAGGGAUUGUGUUUCAGAAAAUGCCACACGCAGAAAUUCACACUACAUUUCCCAGCCUUCCAAAGCAACCCUUGUGCGUGGGGCAGAGUUCCCAGCCCAGCCCUCCUGCUUCCUUGGCCUGCCCUGCUCAGAGGGGCUCAGGGCACCUCCAGACUGCAUCCUCCCUCCUGCAUCUGCUACAGCAGGGUGGGAAGCACUCGCCCUGAGAGCUUGGGAGCUUUGUCCAAGUGUUCUCCAGGCUGGACCGUACUCACUUCCCUCCCUCUUGUCGCGUCAGCUCCGCGGCUUUGACCGUGUUGUUACUUUUGCAGUAGGGCAGGACCCAGCCAGCCGGGGAGUGCAGGUGCCAAGAGCUGGCUCCGGGCCCGCAACGGCACUGUAGCCCAGCCAGCCGCAGGAGAUGCUUUCCUCACACCUGUGCCAGGGAGGGUGUCGAUGGUCAGAGGAGAGGGGCUGCUUGCCCCACCUACCUGAUAACAUCAGUAUUACACAGCAGGCAUGUGUGCUGGACCCCUUCCCUCCUUCAGCAACUGUCUGACUUCCUGUAUUCCCCCAGCCGUAGCACAUCCCCAGACCAAUUCCUGCUGGAACCAGCGCAGUUCUUCGCAAAACUUCUCCUCUAGGUGUGCAAGGGAUGUGAGGAAGGGAAGUGACUUCCUUCGGCUAACCCUGUUCUUCAGCUGGGUCACCUGCAUAGCGCCCUGCUAUUGAUCCUUCUUAGAGCAGUGAGCAGUCCUCUGAGACCUCUCCUGCCCUGGACUGAGUGUAAAUACGCUGCCCCCAGGAAUGGCCCCAUAGCCUUUCAGUGCCAGAGCAAACCAGCCGCAGCCCCGUGAUCUCUCCCCAGUGUGUGCGAGGAAGGGGCCCUGGGGGAAGUUGCCCCGCAGCGUGGUUCUAGGUGGAUUUUGUGAGCGAUGGUUAUGCACGCCCUUCCUGCCACCUCUAGAUCCCUUGGUCCUUGACAGGUGCAGACACUGGCAGACUGUAGCCCUGCCAGCUUGCCCUGCUCCUGCCCAGUCACUGCGGUUAUGGUGCUGAUGAUUUAGAUCAGCGUAGUGCUGAGGAGCCCCAGUCCCGGACCAGGGCGUCAGUACGGUAGAUGCUGGACAAAACAAAUAGAAGGACAAUCUCUGGCCCGAUCUAGGUGUAAGCCACGAGACAACAGAUGGAUCCAGACAGACGAGGGAGCACGAGGAAACAGUGAGACAUGGGUCAGCACACCAGCGGCCUCACCAGAACCAUUGUCAAGCUGUUUGUAGAUGUCAUGGCAAGGAGAGUUUUAAGGGGGACUUGGCCCAUGCUCGUCGCCAGAGGAGUGAGUGUUAUGCCAGGGCUGUCACCAUACAGGCCAGUGCCCUCUGUCCCUCUGGCAGUCAGAACUGAAGGGUUUCUUCUCCUUUUCUCUACCCACUCCUAUGCUGCCAGCUUGCUGGUUCCCAUGUAUCUGAGUCCAAGGUCCCUUUUCUCUGUUCACCGCCGCUGCUGGAGCUGGCUGGACGCAGUGCUUGUGCAGUGCUGUGCUCCGGAGAGCCAGCGGCAUGGAGCUGGGUGCUGCAUGAAGCAUUUCAGGUUAGACUGGCUCUGUGAUAACCUAUUGCCUGGGCGACCCCCUCCUGGCCCAGCUCAGCCAGGACUAGCUGCAGGGGAGGCGCACCCCCCUCUGGGGCUUUGGAAAUGGAACUUGUUCGGGUUUUGUCAUGUUUAGGUGCCAUUACAAAGCCUCACCGGAGCUUUUAUCCCUCUGAAUCAGCCCACAGAGCAAACUCCCUCCUUUGGCUUCACAGGAGCGUCUCAUCCCUGACUGUGAGCUCAGUCCUCUCCCGGGACCUAAGGAACCACAGCUACUGAAGUGCCAGAGUGGAGUUCCUGACUCCUCGCCCGCUCCGUCUGCCACGCUGCAGCUCUCUGUAGGGCCUCUUGCAGGAGCCCCACUGAGGAGAUACAGAGAUCCUGGUGCCGGGGUGACUUUGGGUAGGCCACGCUGCUGGCGUCACCCACACACCUCCAGGGUGUGGGGUUCUGCUGUAGCUCACGAAAGCUCAUGCUCAAAUUGGUUAGUCUCUAAGGUGCCACAAGUCCUCCUGUUCUUUUUGCGGAUACAGACUAACACGGCUGCUACUCUGAGACCUGUCCCAUCUCGUGGCACCGAGACCACAGAGAGAGGGAGAGAAAUGAGUCUGCUCUACAGCCUUAGCUAACAGCCAGUUGGCCUUUAGCGCAUGCGGUGGAGGCUCCUGCACUGAGGUCCCGGGUUCGAUCCCGCCCGCUGAUGACCGGGGUCUGUUGGUGUCACACUGGGCCAGAGGAAACAUCUGUAGCACUCCUGCAUGCAGUGGAAUGAAAGGGAGACGGCAGCUCGGUCUGCGUGGUUCCUUGUCCCUGUCGCCAUCUCCAGCAUGUGGUAGCCCCAGAGGGCUGUCGGGCAGGAGACCCCGGGGUGUCUGUGCUAACCAGAAGGCAGUUAGUGCUUGGCAAGGCAGUGCCUGGCUGGUGAAGGGAGCGGGCCUAGCCAGCACACCCCCAAGAAGCUGCUGGAGUUGGUUCUAACCCACAAGGCAUCGCCUGCUGUCUGGGUUUGGUUCAUGAAGCAUAAGCCUGGCUGGUCUGACCCUUUUUCCACACGCACCUGCAACCGUUGCACACUCCCUGGCACGUUGGAGCUGGCAGGGCUGGAGUCGCUGAGCCUGUGGGUCCCAGCAGGGCCCAUAGGGCAAAGGUGGUCUCACCUUUCCAUUGGAGAAGAGAGAAUCCUGGGCAGUUCUCAGCCGCCUAAAUAUGGUGCUGGGAGGCCUGACGUCACUGACAGGAGUCGAGAUCACAGAGGCAAUCAGCUGGCAAGGAAUUUCUCUAGAGGCGCUGAGACUCCCGCAGGCCAUAGCAUGCUGUCCCAGAGAGCCGGAGUGUCUGGGAGCUAGGACGUGAGGAGACGCGAGUGACUCUACAAUUCCACCCACACCUGGAGCCUGCAGAGAAUGGUCCAGAGCUGCCAUUGCAGGGAUCCCUCGGAGCUGUAUAGCCAUCUCCCACAAACACACUGCGUGCACCACAGACAGUCAGACUAAAGCAUCUCGGGAAUGGCUUGUUGGGCAUUUGCCACUGACCAUCUGGGUUCGGCACAGCAACAGGGUGAGAAUACCCUCCAACCAGAGGCUGCAUGGGGCAGGAAUGGAGGAGGUGGGAGCCCAUCAACUGCAGAGGUGCCUGAGAAGUGGUGUUGCAGGAGGGGAAAGGGGUGAGAGCUGGAUGCUACGGCCGGGAGCAGGCACUCCAUGGGCAGUGGUUACACGCUGUCCAGAACAGCUUCUCCUGCUGGCAUUCGGCUCCCUGUGCUGGCUGCUCCCGGCUGUUUGGAGCAGGCACAAGGCUCCCUUCGUCUGACAGAAAAAAGGGCUCCCAUGAUCCUCAGUAUUGCCAAUAAGAUGGAUCCACCAGUGGAGGGGGACCCCAUGGCAUAGGGGUUCUACCUGUCCUUUGGGCAGUCAUGUUUGGUUGGGGGUCGGAAUCUGUCCAGGGCCGCCUUGCCUUGGUGCCACAGAGACUCCUUGGGAGCCUCUGAACCACUGCAAGAGAAGGCCAGAUUCCUGAUCACUGGUGGGACUGACAGUAUAGAUGGCUGCUCUUCAGGGCUGGUGGGUGGAAUGGGGGAAUGACUGUCUCCUCGUGAUAUAUUCCUCCUCCAAUUAACAAUGUCCUGGGAUAUAGAUGGACCAGACAGGAGUGGUGAAUGUGCAUAGGGGAGAGCAAAGAUUUUGUCUGGGGAAAUGUAUGUUUCGACUGUCUUGGAGUACGAGGAAGGUGGUGGCUGCUUGGAUGAGACGAGAAGGAUUUACAGUCUUCCCAUACCUCCAUGACUGACUUCUCACAGGCAGCUCCGUUAAGGGUGUCCAUGGGUCAAUCUGUGUUCUGCUCAGCCUUUUACCUUCCCUAGAUGUCUGAGUCAAUCACGACAAAUCCACAUCGACACCCAUGAGGUGCAUAGACUUUGUAGGGGCGACAUUUGACUUGACUACAGCUGGAGCGUAGCUACCUCUCGAAAGGUUUCAGGCCACGAGCACUGUCAUACUGCAGAUCACUAUCAGAACCAGGACAUCAGUCAGAACUUGCCUGUCCCUCCUUGGCGACAUGGCUUCCUGCACACACACGACACUGUUCUCCAGGCUACAUCUAUGAUGCCUACAAGCCUGGCUUCUCUCUGUGUACUCACCCAAAAGGUCACCAUAAACAACAAGGUCAUGAUUCCGCCCAAGAUAUUAGGCUCUCAGUAUUGUCUAGUGGACAAAACUGGAGACGGUUCAGUUAGGGAUCCCUUUCCUCAAACCAACAUCUCAAGCAACCAUCUCAGCUGACACCUCCCUUUUGGGUUGGGGUGUGCACACGGGCAAUCAUAUGGGACAGGGUAUCUGGACCCUCCUGACUGUCUGUGGUGCACGCAGAAUGCACAUCAACUUACUAGAAUUCAUGGCAGUCCAUUGGGCCUACAAUGCUUUCCUCCCACUCAUCCAAACCAAACGUUCAGAUACUGUUGUCUUAGUGUCCGACAUUAUUUUAUAUAAAGCAAGGGGGAACGCAAUCUCUCUCUCUGUGCAUAGAGGCAGUCACCCUCUGGAACUGGUGCAUCAACCAUCACAGAACCCCAUCAGCAGCAUAGUUAUUGGGGGUGCAAAAUUCCCUAGCGGACUGCCUGAGCAGACACUAUUCUGUGAAUCACAAAUAAGAAAUUCAUGAUUCAGUUCUCAAUGACGUCUUCAUUCAAUGGAGAAGGCCGGCCUGGGACCUUUCCACCCAGAGGUGAACAGGAAGUUCUCAGUA